GUGACUCACAACAACAUUGAUAUUUGAAACUCGCUCAAUUGCCUCAAAUCAGCCAAAAUGAGCAACUCAAAAACUGUAGCCGAGAACAUGCUGUGGGGAGGCCGCUUUACUGAGGGCCUCGACCCCCUUAUGGUGCAAUACAACGAAUCUCUUCCCUACGACCGUAUUUUCUGGGAGCAAGAUAUUCGCGGCUCCCUCGCCUUUGCUCGCGCCAACACCCGUGGCGGAAUAUUGACUGCGCACGAGUUCUCCGAAAUCGAACGCGGCUUCAAGCAAAUUGCCGACGAAUGGCGCACCAACUCCUUCAUCGUGAAGCCAAACGACGAGGAUAUCCAUACCGCUAAUGAGCGUCGCCUAGGUGAGAUUAUUGGCAAAGACAUUGCUGGAAAAUUGCACACUGGUCGCUCGCGGAACGAGCAGAUUGCGACAGACAUGCGGCUAUGGUUGCGGGACGAGUUGCGCAAAUUGGACGGCUUUUUGUCGGAUCUUAUCAGAGUCUCGGUGGCUCGCGCAGAGAAGGACAUUGAAUACUUGAUGCCGGGAUAUACCCACUUGCAGAAAGCGCAGCCUGUUCGAUGGUCACACUGGCUGUUAUCACAUGCCGUAGCAUUCGCGUCCGAGCUGGAACGGUUGCGAGAGGUUAUCAAGCGAGUGAACAAGUGCCCACUGGGAACUGGUGCGCUUGCUGGAAACCCUUUCCAAAUCGACCGCGAAGGCAUGGCUAAGGAGCUGGGCUUUGACGGAUUGACGGUCAACUCGAUGAACACCGUCGCUGACCGAGACUUUGCCAUGGAAACUAUGCAAUGGGGAAGCUCAUUUAUGCUCAAGAUUUCCCGCUGGGCGGAGGAUCUCAUCAUUUACAGUAGUCUAGAAUUCGGCUUCGUGCGAUUGGCCGAUGCAUACUCUACGGGCUCGUCGCUCAUGCCGCAAAAGAAGAAUGCAGACAGUCUAGAGCUUCUUCGCGGUAAAGCCGGACGUGCCUUUGGCCAUGUUGCUGGUGUCAUGAUGACUAUCAAGGGUCUCCCAACGACAUACAACAAAGAUCUUCAAGAAAGUGUCGAGCCCCUCCUCGACCAUACCAAGACUGUCGGGGACAGCAUCCAAAUCGCCACCGGUGUUCUAUCCACAUUGACUGUCAACCCGGAGAAAAUGCGGGCUGCAUUGGCACCUGAAAUGCUGGCCACAGAAUUUGCCGACUACCUUGUUCGCAAAGGUGUUCCCUUUCGUGAGGGUCACCAUAUCUCAGGCCGUGUCGUUGCGCUCGCAGAAAAGAACAAUGUUCCCAUGGACACACUCUCGCUUGAGCAAUUACAGGCAAUUGACAGCCGAUUUGGCCCCGAUGUCCAAGAAUGCCUCGACUAUGAGCGUGCUGUCGAGCUGAAAGAUGCGAUUGGGGGUACCAGUAAGCGGGCGGUGCGUGAGCAAAUCGCUACUUUGAAGGAUAUUAUUGCAGGUCAAAGUGCUUGAAUGUGUGGGGGCAGCGCCAUUGUUGAUAUAUAUUAAUAGAACAGGGAAAAGUUUUAUUUUCGGGUAUUUCUAGCAUUACAAUUGUCAGUAUCUUCAUUGGAUAUGCUUAUUUCUCUUAUUUUCAUCACGUAUUGGAUUGUAGAGGGUAGUAUAAACAUAAUCACUGUUAGUUUGGGUUGAAUGAUGCUUAUAUAAUUGUAUAUUUGUACUUUGUUAAGUUCGUUAUUUACUAUUUUAUGAGUUCUGAAUAAGUCAUAUGUACCUUUUGCG